CGGAGUUCACAGAAACCAGGUGACGAUUUGCUGGCCGACUUCCGACAGCAGUUUCCUGAAAUUGCGUCGACGAGCACAACAGCUCCAGCUCCACCAAUCGCACAGACCAGCAUUCCCGAGAACACCCUCAACAUCGGGAUUGCACCUCAAGAAAGCCAGCCCCAAGCCAUCGAGGCUGCUGAGCCCUUCCAGGACCAUGACCCUACCCCCCGAGCAACAAACGAGCCCUGGCGGUUUACGCCAUCGCUCAUGGAUCCAAGUCCAUUCUCCUUUAACAGCUUCGCCAAUGCACCUCCAGGCUAUUAUACACCCACACCAGGAGGCACUAACACUCUCUUCCACCCCCAAGCAGGUGACCUACACACGCCAAUGGGGAUGACAGCAGGGCCUGGACUGGGAACUCCAUUGUCGAUGCCGACAUCAGCGAAUGCUAUUCAGUCAGGUGUGGCCUCGGCCGCAGGACCUGUUGGAAUGGCGGGCUUCCAGCCCUUACCAACUCACCAGCUACAUCACUUUAAUCCUUUCGUACAGGCGCCUCCACCACCUCAGCCAACAUUUGCCCCGUCGACGUUUGUCCAUCAAGAUACCGGCUAUGAGACGAUGGAACAAGACGGCUCGCCCCUCACGUCAAAUCCACCCGAGGAUCGUAUGCCUUCAAUCGGGUCUAAUUUCCAAACGGGAACGACAUUGAUAAAUUUUCAAUCCCCGCAACUCCCUGGUGUUACCAUGAGCCAGACUCUUCCCUCGUUUGCCGAGAAAUUCCGAUUUCAUUCGACCCUGAAUGCGCCUACGGCCAUGAUCAAGCACGCGGAUGAAAUUCCUGUGACGUAUCUCAACAAGGGUCAGGCAUACUCGCUAUCCAUCAUCGACACGCAGGCCGCCAUGCCUUUGAUCCCAGGCACCAGAUUUCGCACAUUCGUACGGGUUUCGUUCGAAGACGAAGAGCAGAGACAAAAGCCUUCAGUCUGCUGGGGCUUGUGGAAGGAAGGACGAGGUCAGAAUGAAGCCCACCAAAGAGGGGGAAAGCUUCAGGCAGUUGAAUAUGUGGAGGCAGGACAGCCUGUGGAGGGAGACGAGAAGAAGACAAGAGUCGAGCUAGACACUUCAUCUUUCGACGGAUUCUCUGUCAUCUGGACUCCUGGGAGCCAAGGCGUCCCAGAGGUUAACAUUGCCGUGCGAUUCAAUUUCCUAUCUACUGACUUCAGCCACUCGAAGGGCGUCAAGGGAAUCCCGGUACGGCUAUGCGCGAAAACUAGGUUGCUCUCGGGGGACGGAAGCCCCAAUAGCCCCGAAGACUCGACUGCUGAAAUAUGUUUCUGCAAGGUCAAACUUUUCCGCGAUCACGGUGCCGAACGAAAAUUGUCUAAUGAUGUGGCUCAUGUCAAGAAAUCGAUCGACAAAGUGAAGCACCAAAUCGCCCAAGUUGAGAAUGGGCUCAAGGACGUUGGCAAGAGAAAGCGUUCCGGCGGUAAAGUCAAAAUAAGCGACAACACCCGAGUCGGAAAGGCGACGAAGCACAAAAGAACCUGGUCUAUGUCUUCAGCGAGCUCUGUGGACGGUGGAAGCGGUGCAGGGGGGAGUCGUACAACACUCGAAGACGACCUUCACUACAAACUGCAGACUUUGAUGGACAUGUUUACCAGCACAAGGCCUGUCAGUGUGCUAUAUCUCCGAGGCGAAGAUCUUGAUGACCCUGAUGCGCACCCGGUGUCACUCCCAGGGAACCAGUCACCACAAUCCAAACCAGACGGCUCCACUUGGCCUGUGAGGAGCACUCAAAGCUCCAUUGCCGAGUCCAUGGUUUCACCUUCCCCAAGCUCCCUCUCGCUGGCAUCUCAACAAUCCACCGCCGGACAAGGCGGGCAAUGGCAGAACUUUGACGUGAUACAGGGCGGAGAUGCACCUCUCAAGGUGGCAAAUGAUAAACCGAUAAAAGUCAACAAGACGGACGACGAAGGAAAGACGAGCGGCUGGAUCGAAGCCGUAGGCGUUGAGCCAACAUACUGUCCUCCACCCGACAGGACACCGAAGCCCGUCGCUUGCUUCUACAUUCUUCGCCGCGAUAACAAUAAUGGCCUGCAAAAUCAAUACCAUCGAGCGAUCUACCUCAUGCAGCGAACAUUGCGAGAAUUCAACCACUGCAUUGCUGAGAAAUGGAAUUUGGAGCCAACGAAAAUUCGCAGGACCAUCCACACCAUUCGCGAUGGUCUCGAUAUCGAGAUGGACGACGAUGUUAUACGUGCCCUGCGAGAAGGCCAAGACAUGACAUUGGAGAUUGAUCCAAUCAGCGAGUCGAUUAAGAGCGAAUGGGAAAUGGCCGUUGACAGCAUCGACGAGACACCGACCGAAACAACAAUUGAGGAGGCGAGCGGAUACAUACUCCGCCUCUAUUUC